AUGGAUUUCAUUAAAGAAGCCAUUUGUGAUAAUAACGAUGAAGUGUAUAAAUACCUUCUCGGCUGGAUUGCAUCAAUGAUUCAACAUCCUGGAAUCAAGAAUGAAACAGCAAUUAUUUUGAAAGGACUUCAGGGAACGGGUAAAAACAGAUUCACAGACAUUAUUUCUGAACUCCUCGCUGGUUAUUCAUGUAAAAACAUUACUGAAAUAAGUGAGCUAACGGGUAAUUUCAACUCAGUUGUUGAAAAUAAAAUGUUUCUUGUACUUAAUGAACUCAAGAAUGUAGGUGAAGACAGACUCGCAAACUUCAACGCUUUGAAAUCAAUUAUUACGGAUAAUGAGAUUAGAAUUAAUGAAAAGAAUCAACCCAGAAGAACUGCUCAGAAUGUUGCAAACUUCAUUUUCGUAACUAACAACGUCUACCCUGUCAAAAUUGAAGUUGGAGACAGAAGAUACGUAGUUUUAAGGGUUAAUGGUAAAUUCAAGGGUCAAUUUGAUUACUUCAAGAAUUUAAUGGAUUCAUGCACAAAGGAAUUUUAUGAUAACCUUUUAACAUAUUUUAUGCAAUAUGACCUUUCAUCAUUUAAUGUACGAAUCAUACCGAUGACUGAAGCCAAACAAGAUUUAAUCGAGUUAUCAACAAAUCCUUUAGAUGAAUGGAUAAAUACACAUUAUGAUGAAUUAUGUGCAGGUAUGACGUGUAAAAAUGCUCUAUUCUGCAAACCAUCAGACAUGAAAGACAAGAAUUUCCAAAUGAGCAUUAAGGAUAAAUGUGAAAGGAAACAAAGAAAAAUAGAUGGUAAACAAACAUGGUAUUAUGUUUUGAAAGAAGAAAUGAAAGGAUUAUAUAAACAAAUUGAACCAAACGAUAAUGAGGAAUCAUUUACUGACGAUGAAAUACCUGUGAAUGAAGCUUUAUAA